AUGGUAGAAGCUGCUGCGGAGUAUUUGAAUUUUCCAAAGGAAGAAGAGAAAAUACUAGAGUUCUGGAAAGAAAUUGACGUAUUUCAUGAAUGUCUUAAACAAUCUAAGGGAAAACCUAGGUAAUUGACUUUAACAUUUAUUCUGUAUAUUAAAUAUUAAAAUCACUUUUUCCCAAAGGUUUUCAUUUUAUGAUGGUCCUCCAUUUGCCACUGGCCUUCCUCAUUAUGGUCACAUAUUAGCGGGUGCCAUCAAAGAUGUUGUAACACGGUAUGCACAUCAAACAGGUCAUCAUGUUGAACGUAGAUUUGGUUGGGAUACACAUGGUUUGCCAGUGGUAAAACAUUUUAAUUUAAAUCAUACUUACUUAUCUUAAACAUUUAAGUUUUCGCAUAAUAAAAGUUAUAUUAUUAUAAAAAUGCAAUUAUGUUACUUUUUAAACAGAAAAAUUGAUUUUUUUUUUAAUGUUAAUAUUCAGUUAUCAUCUAUGUUGGAUUACUUACAAAACUAUAGCCUUUAUUAUUAUUAAUACAUUAAUAAUUCGGAAUAUUUUCAGGAAUUUGAAAUUGAUAAGCUUUUAGGAAUAAAAGGACCUGAAGAUGUAGCUAAAAUGGGCAUUGAUAAAUAUAAUGCUGAAUGUAGAAAAAUUGUUAUGCGUUAUGCUAGUGAUUGGGAGACUAUUGUCACUAGAUUAGGUCGUUGGAUAGGUAUAAUUUAAAUUAUUAUACUAAAUACUAUACAUUUUAAAAUUUAACUUUUCUAAUUUGUAUAGAUUUUAAAAAUGAUUACAAAACAUUAUAUCCAUGGUUUAUGGAAAGUGUAUGGUGGGUAUUCAGUGAACUUUGGAAUAAAGGUAUGGUAUAUCGAGGUGUUAAAGUGAUGCCAUUUUCAACUGCUUGUAGUACACCAUUAUCAAAUUUUGAAUCUGGCCAGAAUUAUAAAGAAGUAGUAGAUCCAGCAGGUUAAUAAUUUAAUUUUAUUUACAAAAUAUACAUAGGUAUGUGUAUGUGUGUAUACAUAUUAAUAUAAAAUUUGACUUGUAAUUUUAGUGAUAGUUAGUUUUCCUCUUGAAAAUGAUCCCUCAGUUUCUCUGGUUGCAUGGACUACUACACCUUGGACUUUACCAAGUAAUUUAGCAUUGUGUGUCAAUCCCACAUUAAUUUAUGUGAAAGUUAAAGAUUCAAAUGAUAAAAUAUUUAUCCUUAUGGAAGCUCGAUUAAAUAUUUUAUUUAAAAAAAAAGAGGAUUAUGUUAUACUAGAUCAAUUUCCUGGAGAAAAAUUAAAAGGAUUAAAAUACAAACCAAUUUUUUCUUAUUUUAAACAAGUAAAUUAUAUUAAUUACUUUUAACAGCUAUAACUAUUUUUAAUAUAAUACUGUUAAUGUCAUUAUACAGUGUGAAAGUGCUUUUUUAAUUUUAACUGAUGGUUAUGUAUCUGCUGAAUCUGGUACCGGUAUAGUUCACCAAGCUCCAUAUUUUGGAGAAGAUGAUUAUAGAGUAUGUUUAGCUGCUGGAGUAAUUACCAAGGAUCAGGAUAUAAUUUGCCCUGUUGAUGGUAGUGGUAGAUUUGUACACCCUGUCACUGAUUUUCAAGGACAAUAUGUUAAAGUAAAUACAUAAUAUUUAUAGAUGUAACAAACCAAACCAAACAUUCCUUAAAAUUAACGAACCCGAACCGAACUGAACUUAUACAUUUUUAUUCGAAACCAAACUGAACUUUUAAAAUAUUUUAUCGAACUUUAACAUUAAAAAGAUUAGGUUAGGUUAGGUCAAAAAAUUUUAAAAUUAUAUGAGAAAAAAAUAAUUUUCUUUUUUGUAAUAAGGCAGCUUUGUUUCACCAUACUUAUCUAUGGUUCUACCACAGGAUAUGGUAUUAGUAAUCGUGCAGAAUCUGUAUCAAAUGAUUUUCAAACCAAAUUAUUGGGUAUUAGGUUUGGUUUGAUUAUUUGCAAUUUUCGGUUCGGUUCAAAAAUGGAACAGUUUGUCACAUUUAUAAUAAUAUUUUAUAAAAUAAAAUAAAAUUGGAUAAAAGGUGUUUAUUUUAAUAGGAUGCUGAUAAAAACAUUAUAAAAUAUUUAAAAGAAACGGGAAGACUUAUUAGUGCUUCUUCUAUUAAACAUAGUUAUCCUUUUUGUUGGCGAUCUGAAACCCCACUAAUUUAUAAAGCCGUACCAUCAUGGUUCAUUAGAGUACAACAAAUGAGUCAAGAUCUCUUAGCUUGCAAUAAAGCUACAUAUUGGUAAAAAAAACAUUGUUAAGUCAUUUGGUCUUAUUAUUUUUAAAUUUAUUUUUAUAUUUUAGGGUGCCAAAUUUUGUUAAGGAAAAACGUUUUGGGAACUGGCUUAAAGAUGCUCGUGAUUGGGCAGUUAGCCGUAAUCGUUAUUGGGGAACUCCUAUUCCACUUUGGGUAUCAGAAGAUGGCAAGGAAAUUGUUUGUAUUAGUAGUAUUGAACAACUACAUAAGAUGACUGGAGUUCUUGUAACAGAUCUUCAUAGAGAAACGUAAUUUUUUUUUAUUGGUUUGAGUUUUUAGGUUUUUAUAUAUAUUUUUAAUCAUAUAAAUUUUUUGUAUUAAUUUUACAAACUGUUUAUUUAUUCAAUAUAUCAAUUUUUGUAAUAUUUAUAUAUUUAUAUACAGUAUUUUCAUAAACUAUUAAAAUUGAAAUAUUAUAUACAUUUUUAAAAUUCAGAGUUGACAAAUUGACAAUACCAUCAGCUAGACCAGGGUAUCCACCAUUGCAACGAAUAACUGAAGUAUUUGAUUGCUGGUUUGAAUCAGGUUCUAUGCCUUAUGCACAGCAACAUUAUCCAUUUGAAAAUAAAAAAGAAUUUUUAGAAAAAUUUCCAGCAGAUUUUAUUGCUGAGGGAAUAGAUCAAACUAGAGGAUGGUAAGAUUAAACAACAAUUUUAUAUAAACAAAAUAUUUUGUAUAGAUGGGUGAUUUUUUUUAAUACAAGUUACUAUAUUUUUGAAAAUAUGAAUAAUUUUUUAUAUUUGUGUACAAUUAACAUCUAACAUUUAUUCCAUAUUAUUAAAAUAACUUUAGUUUUCAAUUAGAUUAUUUUAUGCUAUCUUGGUUUAAAGCAAAUAAUAUCAAACUAUUUAUUAUUUAUGUAUCUAUAAUAAUUCUAAUAUAAAAGUAAUUUAUACAAAAAUAUCAGAAAAAGUUUCUUUUCAUUUCAAUUUUAAGGUUAUAAAUUAAUACAAACAAUAUAAAGGGUUGUUUAAAUUUCAUGACAAUCAAAUUUAUUAUGAAAUACUUAUUUUUCUACUAAAUUACUUAGAUAAAACAUUUUUAGAAUUAUAGUCUAAAGUGUUAGAUUGUCCUUUAUUUUUCACCCUUAUUUUUAGUGGUGAAUCGAUUAGGUGCCUUAUUUUGAUUUUUAAAGAGCAACUUAUAUUGAAUAUAGCAAUGUUGUGCCACCAUUCAAAUGAUGCUCUUCAAAUUAUUGAAAAUAAAUUUAAAAAAUUAUCCCAUAUGCAAAUAAUAAUCUUAAAACUAAUAAUUGUUUUAUUUAUACAGAUAAUACAAAUUAUAGUUUUAGAACAUUUACAUUAUAAUAUUAUUUUUGAUAGAUUUACAGUUAAAAAUUGAUUUAAACUUAAGAAUAUAUAAUAGAAAAUAUUAGUAUAUAUGUUAAUUUUAACCAUAACAUAUACACAUAUGUUAGAUAAUAAAUAUGAAUAUUAAAUUGUAUAAUUUUCAGGUUUUAUACAUUAUUAGUAAUAUCAACAGCAUUAUUCAACAAGCCUCCAUUUAAGAAUCUUAUAGCAAAUGGUUUAGUACUAGCUUCAGAUGGCCAGAAAAUGUCAAAACGUAAAAAGAAUUAUCCAGAUCCAUUGGAGGUAUACUACUAUUAUUAUGUUCAACAAGGGUUAGGAUUUUAUAGCAUAUAUCUUAAAAGAUACUUAAGAAAUAGCAGAGUAACAUUAAAAUUAAAUUUUUUAUAGUUUUUGAUUUUAUAGAUAUUAGUGUUAAUUUAAGAAUAUUUGAUAUACUUUAGAAUCUUUACUUUGAAAAAAAAAAUAAUAAUAAUAAUAAUGAGUCAUAUUUUAUGAGACAAGUUGUUAUUAAUUAUAAUAAUACAAUAAUAGACGUAUUUUUUGAUUAUUAAUUAAAUAUUAAAAGUAACAUAGAUUAAAUUACAUAAAUAAUCUGAUUAAUAAUUUCCAACCCCUGAUUACUAAUAUCACUAAAUUACAAAAUAUAUUUUUAUUUUCCGAAAGCCUCUCUGUAUAUAAUGUUGAUUCUUCUAAAUUUUUAACUAUUUCUAAUUAUAAUUAAGGAAGUACUUUAAUUUAGAUUUAAUUUAAUUUAAUUUAGUUUAUUUUAAUCACUUGUCAAAUUUAUAAUUCAAUUUUUAGGCAUAUUAGAUCAAUGCCAAUAAUUUUAAAAAAGCUGAUACUGCUGAUGGGUGUGCCAUUGUUGUAGGUAGUUAGAAAAGUAGGAUACAUAUAGUUAUUUAUUUUAUUUUUGUAAACAACUUUUGCUAAUGAAAAAUGAUUCUGAGCAAUGUUCAUUAAUUUAUGAUUUGAAAGACAGUAAUAUUUAUGAUUUUCAUCAAAAUCUUAAAACCAUUAUAUAAAAAAACAGAUGCACUUCACAUCACGGGUGGGCUACUGUUGAAGGUGAAAAGUUGGGAAGGUAGGAUAUAAAGGGAAAUUUAAUUUAUAUUUGUAAGCAACGAUAAACCUUUGAAAAUAAUAAAAACAUUUAUUUUCGUAAAUUGUGCCGUUCUUUUUACCUUUUAGGGAAGAUCAAAAAACGUCUUUCUUACACACCAACUCAAUUAAAAGUGCAACAACAACAAGAAUCUAUUGCAUUUUUUUUUUUUGUUAAAGCAAUAUUUAUAAUAGAAAACAAAGCGUAAAAAUUUAACUUAAUAAAAUAGUAAUAUUGUAAAUUUGUCAGUUUUCAUUUCGUCUCUAUCUAGAUUUUCCCAAUUAAUAUAAAAACUGUUUGGAAAAUCAAAAUUGACUUACUUCUUUAGCCACCUUUCAACUAAAAUGCAAUAAAAAAGGUUUCUUGGCAUUUUUUGAUUAAAGCUAUAUUUCUGGUAGAAAAUAUCUUUUAUAAAAAUUCAAAACAAUGGUAUUAGUAACGCUACAGUUAACUAUAAAUAUUUCCAUUUUUUCUAUUAUUUUUUUCUUAGUUCCCAAUUAUUUUAAAAAACCCUUGGAAAAACAAAGAAUUACCAUUUUAAACACCAAUUAGACAACAUUUUCUUUCAUAAAAGGUGUGAAAAAUAAAUAAAUAAAACAUCAGUAAUACCAAUAGAUUCCUCACUUCGAAUUUAAUAUGUAAUUCUUUCCUUUAUAAAUAAUUUAUUUAAAUUUAAUUUUAACAUGUAUAUAAUUAAAUUCAAAUUUAGGUUGUAAACAAAUUUGGAGCUGAUGCAUUACGGUUAUACCUUAUUAAUUCACCAGUAGUAAGAGCAGAAAAUUUGAGAUUCAAAGAAGAAGGAGUUAAAGAAAUAUUGAAAGAUUUAUUUUUACCUUGGUAUAAUGCUUAUCGGUUUUUCAUACAAAACAUUCAAUAUUCUUCUGUAAGUAAAAAAUACUGAAUAAUACUUUUUUAAUGCUAUAGAAUUUACUCAUUUGGAUAUAUAUUUUUAAUUGACAGGAUGAAAUGUACAAACCAAAUAAAAACUAUUACUCUGUGCCCAGUGAAAAUAAAAUGGAUCGGUGGAUAACAUCAUGGACACAAUCUUUAAUUGCAUUUGUACGUCGAGAAAUGUCAGCAUAUCGCCUUUAUACAGUUGCGCCAAGACUUGUAAAAUUUAUUGAUGUAUUAACCAACUGGUAUGUUCGGUUAAAUCGUCAACGACUUAAGGGUGAAUGUGGUCAUGCUGAUAGACAACAAUCUUUAGAUACAUUGUAUCAUGUUUUGAUGACUAUGGUCUGUUUAAUGGCUCCAUACACACCAUUUAUAUCAGAAUUGAUGUAUCAAAAUUUAAAGAAAAUCGAAAACCUUAAAGAACGUAGUGUUCAUUUCCAUAUGGUACCUAUAGUUCAGUAAGUUAUUUAAUUUUUCUAAUAUAAAUAUCUAAAUAUAAACUAUUGUAAAUUAUAAUUAUUAUAUUUAAUAUAUUUAUCUAAUACUAUUUAGAGAACAUUUAAUUGAUAAAAAUAUAGAACUGAGUGUCUCUAAUAUGCAAAAUAUAAUUGAAAUGGGAAGAGUUAUGAGAGAUCGUAAAACAAUACCAAUUAAAGUAAAUUAUUUAUUUGAAUAUGUAAAUUUAAUUUAAUAUUUAUAAUUUAUAUUUUUAUUAGUACCCUCUUCCUGAUUUAAUGAUUGUUGCCGAUGAUCCUAAAAUUAUUGAAAACAUUAAAGAGUUUCGUAAUUACAUUGAAAAAGAACUAAAUGUAAAAUCUAUUAGUUUCACCAAAAAUAAAAGUAGAUAUGUCAAACUUAGAGCUGAACCUGAUCAUAAAACUUUAGGUUCCAGAUUAAAAUCUGAUUUCAAAAGAGUUACAGCUGCUAUAAGGGUAUGUCAACUUAAUCUAAACUAAUAUUCAGUUUAUACAUAUAAUAUGUACGUAUUAACUAUUAUAUUCAUCAAUUAUUUAUUUAGGAAUUAACAAAUGAACAACUUCAAGCAUGGCAAAAUGAAGUAUCUGCUGUAAUUGGAGAAAAUGAUGAUGAUAAAAAGCCAACUCUCAAAGUUUUAGAAUAUGAAUUAGACGCUACUGAAUUUAGAAUAUUAUAUGAUUUUACUGGUCCUGAAGCUGAAGAAAUGGCAAAAAAAUAUGAAGCACAACUAGAUAAUGAUGUAAUUAAAUGCAAUUAUAAUAUAAUGUAAUUUUUUCCAGUAUUUAUUUUCAAUUUAAUUUACUAUAGAUUUUGGUGCUACUAAAUGUGACACCAGAUCAGAGUAUGAUGGAUGAAGGCACUGCUCGUGAAAUAAUCAACAGAGUCCAGAAAUUGCGUAAAAAAGCUCAUUUAAUACCUACAGAUGUAAUAACAGUUUAUUAUAAUAUAAGUCCUACUGGAGAAUUAUCAAGAGUUGCUAAAGAAUGGAAUGACUUUAUAGUAAACAGUUUAAAAGUACAAUUCAUUGAUGGGCCAGCAGUAGGAAAUAUAAUAAUUGAAGAAACUCAAACAGUAACUAAUUUUGCAUUAUUUAAUUUAAAAAAAUAUCCUACACGCCAAUCUUUUAUUCUAUACAAAUCUGGUACAUAAUUUAAAAAUUGUGAUAAAGCAUUUUGAUGUUUUAGCUUAAAGAAGCAAAUUUAAAAAUUGUUCUAACAAAGGAAAAUAGUGAUCAAAACUCAUUGCCAGUUUGCAAGUAAAUUGAUAUUAAAAUAUAAAAUUUGUGACACUCUUUGUUAAAUAAAUAACUUAAACAUUCAUUUUAUUUUAAGAUUUGUUAAUGUGGAGCUUCAAGGAUUAUUUGGUAGAUAUGGUGCUUCAAAUUCAUUAACAAUCCUUCUUGAAAAUCCUGUUGGCAAAAAUAUUCUAACUAUUGAUAGUUUUACCAAAGAAGUAAGUGAAUGAAACAAAUUAAAUCUUGUUUUAAUUGUAAAUGUACAAAAUUAACAAUUGCUCAUUCAUACAAUUAGAUUUCAUUAUUAUGUAAAUGUUUUUUAUUUCCUCUUUUUACUUAUAAAUAUGUUUAGAAUUUGAAUAUGAUAACCAGAGCUCGUAUGUUCAUACAUUAAAAAUGCAUACAAAAUAACAAAAUAUGCAUUAAAGUAUACACUUAAAUUCUGGAAUAUACACACAAAAAAAAUAUAUACAUAUAUAUAUAUAUAUAUCAUUUUCCUCUUCAAAAAAAUUAGCCGCUAAAUUGUCUACAUUUUAGAAAUUCCACAAAAAUUAACCACUCAAUUUAGGCCAUGUACCAAAUAUAUGAAGAAUCAUUUUUGUGUAAAAAGAUUGAAGUUUAUGAGCUGUCUUUGUCAUUUACACAUUUUGUGAAGAACAGGACAUGUUGUACUGUAUUUUGUUAGGCCAUAAUAGAAAUAAUGAUUUGUUUAAUGUUUCAUACUUUGAAAGUUGUAGUAUUAUUAGCUUUUUCAAACUUUUUAAUAUGUAAUAAAAAUAUUUCACCAGAAAAGUUGUGCAAGAGUGCUCCAAUUAUUAUGCUUACUGAUUAUAUUUGUCCUCAUUAUCGAUUGUUGUUUACUCUUUUCUAAAUUUGUUCAUUGUAUAGUUGUAGUAUUGUUCUACAUAUCAUUAGACUGGGAAACAUUGCACGGGAAUACAAUUUUGUUGCAAUGAAAAGAAAUAUUAAUUGUGACAUCAGCUCAUGUAAGGAUAGCUAUAACAUUAAUUUUGUGUUACUGCUGUAAAACUCAUAAAACCUAUAAAAGUAUAAAAAUAAACCUUAACCAAUACUAAUAUUUUAGAUCUUGUAAACAUGAUUAAGAACAUAAAUAAGAAUUUCAUUAAUUUAUAUGUAUUAUGCACUAAUUAUUCUAUUUUCUUUAAUAAAAGUCAAUAUUAUAAAUAUCUAGUCAAUAUCUAUUGUAAAAGUCUAUUAUACGCCAAUUAUCAAAUAAACUAAAAUAAUAAAAACAUGAUGCACUAUUAAAAUUUGUAUUAUUAGGGAUUUGUACCCUACUUAGCAUGAAAACCAAAAAAAAAACAUGAACACGCGAGCCCUGGUGAUAAUCUUUUUUAAAUUUAAUAUGAUAAUAAACUUUAUUUGGACCAUUCAACAAUCGCCUACAUAAUAUAUGUUAAAUGUCAGGAUUUCGUACUUUAUUAUAAUAUUAAAUUUCAUAAACAUAAUUAAUUCUAAUAUUGCUGCUUAUUUCAUUAAUGUUAUAGGUGAAAAAUGCAUUUGGAUUAUUUGGUAUUGAUUUUGUAAUAAAAUCUGCUGAUGGAAAAAUUUUAAAUAAUGAUUUAUUUAAUAAAAUAAAUAAUGAAUUAAUUAUUAUUCAAAAAAACAAUACGUUUUUGGAAAAUGUUGCUGUCCACCAAAAAACAUUACCAAUUACUCAGUAUGUUGUUAGAUUAUUUUAUAAGUAUUUCUUUAUUUUUUACAAAUAUAUUUUUAUGUUUAAUCCCAGGGAUUAAAAAGCCAGACAAUUGCUCACAUAGAUGAGCUAUUGUUGUAGGUAAGAAGUUAGGAAGGUAGUAGAGGGGAAAUUUAAUGUAUAUCUGUUAGGAACAAUAAACCGUUGCUAACAAAAAACAUAUAUUAACAUAAAUAUAUUUUUCACAUAAUAUUAUUUUACUUACCUAUGUACUAUUCUCAUUUAAAAUUGAGGGGCUAAGUGCAAGAAACGUAUUUUCGCAGAAAUGCCCUUUUUGCUUCAAAUGUUUUUUUGAACUCUGCAACCUCUAUACUAUAUGUGUAUGCAAUUUUAAUAAUAGAGCACUGUAAAAGCAUUUACGUGAUUGUGUGUAAAUGCCUUUCUUGCAUAGAAUCACAUAUUAUGUAUGUUAUAUUUAUAAAUAAUAUUGUUUUAUUUUUCAAUUAUUUGAAAAUAAUAUUAUGAUUGAUGACCAUUGUGUAAUGAUACCUAUACCAAAGAAGCAAACAGCUGAGAGAUGUAAAGAAUUUAGAACAUUAAGCCUAAUAACCCACGUGUCGAAAAUUUUAACAAAAAUAGUACAUAAAUGGAUAAAAAAAGGAAAUAGAGUAUAUUCUAACAGAAGAUCAAUUUGGGUUUAGAAAAAAUAGAGGAACAAGAGAAGCAAUUCUAUGUCUUAGACUAAUUAUAAAAAAAAUUUUAAGAAUAAAUAAACCCAUAUAUAUAUAUAUAUAUAUAUAGCCUUCGUAGAUUUGAAAAAGGCUUUUGACAUUGUUAGAUGGGAAAAACUUUUUCAUAUUAUGGAUAAGAUAGUUAUCGACUUUAAAGAUAAAAGAUUAAUACAUAAAUUAUAUAUAAAUGAAAAGGCUGUGAUAAAAGGCGAAAGUGCAAAAAGAGGUAAAACAAGGGUGUAAUUUAUCACCUACUUUAUUCAACUUAUACUUUGAAGAAGCGCUAAAAGAUCUGAGAGAGGAAGAUAUAGAAGGGAUCAAGAUCGGCGCAUUUGAAACUUUAAAUUCGUUUAUCUCAAAACGUUUUUCUAGAAAAUACCCUUCUUGCAUCCAGCCCUUCAAUUAUAAAAUUUAAGAAAUAAGAAUCAUACAGGAUGGAUGAAUUAAAAUACGGGACAAGUAUUAUUUAGAUAAUUUGGUUGGAACACUGGGAUGCUUGAUUCAAAUACGGCAAAAUCCCGUACAAUACAGGGUGAUUUGAUACCCAGUUUAUUUAUGUGUGAUUAAAAUGUAUAUUGUUAUAUUUUUAAGUUGAACUUCUAUUUAAGAUAUUUUAUUAUUGUCAAUGUCUAACGUACUUUUCCUCUUUCUUUUUUUUUUUAGGUUUAUUAAUGCAAAACAUGGUUCAGAAACUGGAACGGUAUUACUUCAUGAAAGUGAUGAUAAGAAUGAUUUAACCAUGUUAAAACCUAAAGUUGCUUCUAUCUUUAACCUCAAAACAAAUGAAUUCAAUCUAAUAAAAGAAAACAAUUUUGUCAGCAUUCAAUUGAAUAAAUGA